AUGUCACGUGGCAAUUGCAGUAAACAAAUAGCACAAGGUUACAAAAAACAAGAUAAUGAAAUCUUGAGCAGUGCAUUAGAGAAAAAUGAUGAGGAAGUUCCUUGUACCAAUAGUUUUACAGGCGAAGAUGAGGACUUUUCAGUUUCUAAUCAUUUCAACCAAUACUCAUUUUGUUCUACAAUAUGCAAACGCAAUGCGAUUAUUGAUGACAUUGACACUAUGACAUCUGAAUUCUCAGAAAAUGAUCUCAAGGUUUAUACGACUAUAUCUAGACCCAAAUCAAAUGAAGACAUGAAUGGGAAAAUUUCAUACCAACCUCAAGAUGAAAGGAGUGUUACAUCUAAUUCAAAUGAUAAUUUUCAAAAAGUGGCGAAGUCAAUAAUCAGAAAAGUGGAAAGAAUAGCACUAAUAAUAGAUGAUAUCAACUUUCGAAAAUUAUUCUUGUGUCAUAGUGACAUAAUGGAUUUUCAUCUUGCUUCAAAAUUCACGGAAAAAAUUUCCAAAGCAAUCUGA